AGGUCACUUCAGUUGAGUGAAAGUGCACGACAUCGAAGGCCAUGACAGUGCUAAACGUCCUGUGUUCGUAACCAGUUACUAGUUUGGAAGAUGGCAUUUAGAGUGAAUGAUGCAAGCACAGACAGUAUGAACUGGGGCUCGACGCUGCUGUACGACAGAGGAAGUGACGCGUGGCCUUCCAGCGAGGAGAGACGGAGAUUGACAAUUGCGGGGCUGUACGGCCGUGCUGCGAAGUUCCGGCGACAGAAGAAAGCUGCCAAGACGCUGGGUAUCGUAGUGGGGGGGUUCCUACUCUGCUGGUUCCCUUUCUUCGUUCUGCUGCCCAUUGACGCGGCUUGCCCGUCCUGUGACGUAGCAGGUCUUUUCAACUUCGCCUUCUGGCUGGGCUACUUCAACAGCUGCAUCAAUCCGUUCAUAUACGCGUGUUCGUCACGAGAACUGCGGAGGGCAUUUUGGGGCAUCCUCUGCUGGAAGCUGAAGCACACUAACAACAUGGCCGUCAGCUUCACGGCGCGGUCACGUGACCUCAGCAUGUCGAGUACCGCGAGCUUCUCCGCCUCUCGACGCGUCCAGAAUAAUCUUGCUCGUGUUCCGUUGCCUAUGUCUCCGUGAAUGUGGACGGUUUCACGAACGCGAGUCCAAGCAGCGAUCGACUGGAGCCAUGGAACCGCAGUGCCGGUACAGUAGCUGUCUGUACACACCGGCGGGUCUCGUAAGAACAUAUUUCAGUAUCGAGAGAGACACGGGUGGGUCACAAGACUGUGUUGUUUAAUGGAGGCUCAGUGUUCAUGGAGUGACAGGUAAGAGGUAUGACAUUUAUGAGAGCCAUUGGAUUCGUUCUUUUUACCGGCGUAGAAUGAGGGUCACCGAUUGGUGACUGGACGAAGAUAAACUAUAAUAAGAUAAUAAAAAGACGAUCAAAUAUUUACAGGUCUUAUAUCGUUGCUGUCCGUGGUUUUGGUUACGUCCUUAUGUCAUGUUGUGUUUAUUAUUUUAUUUAUUUUUUAUUUAUUUUUAUUUUAUUGUUUUGCUUUUGUUGUGUUUUUGUUGCAUGUUAACGGUCCGGUGUCGU